CCCCAGCGUAUCCGUGUUCCGAAGCGCUCCACCGCCUGGGGUCCGAGCAGCUACGCCACUGGCUGGAACAUGUAUCUUUAUCUUUACCAGGCACCGAACAUUUUCUACGGGGCGCCAAGAAAAGGGGAAUCCGAGCAUGCAAACCAGCAAAGAAUGCGCCACUAGGGUUAUUUUACGCGGAUAAAUCCUUCCAAUGCGCGUUCCUUGAGCGACAUAAAGGCCAUCGUUUUCCUCUCGAUUUCAGCGCACUCGGAUGCUCCUCGCACUCCCAUACAACUUUUGUGCCGCUUCUUGCGAGCAGUUUGCAAUUCUGCCGCCGCUGGCCCGAACCCCCUUCUCACAGAACAUUGCACCAUCCAAGCAAAAGCUUUCAUUGUGACGGAAUAUAGCGAUGACCACGCUUACAAUGGUUCAGCAGCCUGUUUCGGCUGAUGAGUCGACAUGGAGUCUCCUGUCUGUCGUGGGAGACGAGUUGGUUUCGUCGACAAAUAGCUGCAUCGUCGCGACAGCCGUCAUUCUCUUCUUUCUGCUCAGCUAUAUGUCAACGCCACGUCUUGAUCCCAGAGAGCCGCCCUUGUUGAAACCCGCAUUGCCUCUAAUUGGACACAUCAUUGGGCUUAUUCGACACCAGGCUAGAUACCAUUUCAUUCUCUACCGACGUAGUCGCCAGUCCGCCGUCACGCUCCCGAUGCUCACGGGCAAGAUGUACGCCGUUUGGGACCCGACCAUGAUCACUACCGGAUUGCGAAACAAGAACCUAUCAACCACACCACUACUCGUGUCGAGCACCCCGCCACUAACAGGCGUCGGGAAAGAGACAAUGGAUAUUAUCCGAGGACCAAAUGGAGACUGCGCAUUGGUCGACGAUGUGUUGCUCAAGACCGGACCUGCUAUGGCCGGGGCUUACCUACAACAAAUGAAUGCUGCUGCUCUAUCCGACAUUGGAGACUAUCUAUCUCAAAUCGAUGAAGCCAGUGUCCCGGAUCUGUGGAUGUGGAUUAGGCGCCUUAUGGCAUUGCCAACGUCAAGGGCAACGUUUGGGCAUGGGGACCCCUUUUCCAAGGAUCCAGCACUGGAGCAGCUGUUGUUCGACUUUGCCAACGACAUUCCGAAGCUAGUGCUUGGUUUCAUUCCAGCUACUAUCGCCGCAAAGGGCUAUCACGCCCGUGCGGUUCUUCAAGAGGCCUUCAUCAAGUAUUACUCGUCGCGGCAAGACGAGGAUUCGUCAACGUCGGGUUUCGUCAAAGUUCGCGCGCGUGAGUUUCGAGGAUAUGGCGUUCGCGAUGACGAUAUUGGGCGCGCCGAGAUCAUGCUUCCAUUCGCUGUCAUGCUCAACACGUUCCCAGCACUCUUUUGGUUCUUCUGCCACGUCAUGUCACGCCCGAACCUGGUCGAGCGAAUCAGGAAGGAGGUAGAGGGUGUCACAAGCCGGACCGCCGAGGAAGCCACGCUGGACUUGACGGCUGUUGACAGGACAUGCCCACUCCUAGUGAGCUGUUACCGUGAGACGCUUCGGCUAGCAAACCACCAAGUGAGCACGCGGACGGUGCUCAAAGAUACGGUCUUGACAGAUAGUAAGGGCAAGUCGUAUCUGCUUAAGGAGGGUGUUAUGGUUCACUUUUCCAUUGGUGCUUCCCUCCGAAACAUGGAGUUUUGGGGGGAGGAUGUCGAAACGUUCAAACCCGAACGCUUCCUCCGCUUUGGAGAUAAGAAAGACGACGUGGAUCCCGACCGCCCAGGCGGACCGAGGGCAAUGAGGACAGCGUUCAUUCCAUUCGGGGGUGGACAGCACCUCUGUCCAGGGAGAAACUUUGCCUUUGCCGAGAUGAUUGCCGUGAUCGCGACAUUGACACUAGGGUACGACGUUGAACCGGAGAACGAGACGUGGGAAUUGCCCACUUUAGCGACCGCUUCGAUUGUCGACGCUAUUACGAAACCGACUACGGGAAAGAAGCUCUCGUUCAAGAUUAAGAGAAGGAGGGAGUGGGAAACGAUACGAUGGAGGUAUCGUAUUUAGAAAAGCAUGUUCUAAUUCAGAGUAUAAUAGACAGUAAGCUAAAUACACGUACACACACACACACACAAUUUAUUCCGCCCGGCGGGCUCAACCCGAAAGGGCAACUAAUAAACAUCUAUAUAUAUAUUUCCUAAAGUGGAUCCUAGUUUCC